AUGGGAGGACAACCCACCAAAAUCCAGAAUAAAACUAUGGAUGUUAAGCCACAGAGUAACCAUAAAAUGCGUAUUGUGACAUUGGAAGAUGGUCGUUUUCAAGAUGAGACACUAUACAGACUGAAAAAAGGCUGGUACUUGGAAUUUCGGAUGGGCCCGUCACUUUUUGGACGUGACGUUACCAUUUACACUAAUAUACCAGCAGAAGGAUCAGCCUUUGACAGAAAAACUUAUCGUUGCCUUGAUUGGAUUAGAGAGUGGUCAAGUGAUGAUAUCAUUAUUGAUGAUUCGUCUUUGUCGUGUCUUAUCCAAAUGAACAAGGCUGGAUCUUUUCAUUAUUAUUAUGAACAUAAAGGGCAAAAGAAAGGAUGUGGUUAUAUUAACGUUGAUCCAGAUUUGGUUGCUGGAAAUGAAGAUAUACCUUUAGAAUCGUUGCAAAGUGUAUCUGUUUUAGCAAAAUGUCUAGGACCAUUUUCAUCGUGGAAAUCCAAGUUACAAGUCGCAAAAGAGGCUGGAUACAACAUGGUGCAUUUUACACCCAUUCAAGAGCUCGGAGGUUCAAAAUCAUCAUACAGUCUGAAAAAUCAAUUGGUCUUAAAUCCUUCUUUCAAUGAUUGUAAUCAUCAAGUUACAUUUGGUGAUAUUAAGGUUUUGACUGAUGAAAUGAAAAACGAAUGGAAUAUGUUAAGUAUAUGUGAUAUAGUGUUGAAUCAUACCUCCAAUGAUAGUCCAUGGCUAUUGAAACAUCCUGAAUCUGCUUACAACUUGGUAAACUGUCCAUAUUUGAGACCAGCUUAUUUGUUAGAUUAUACAUUAUAUCACUUUACUGUGGAAGUUUCUAAAGGUAUGUGGGAAUUUUAUGGAGUCCCUGUGAUUGUCAAUAGUGAAGAACAUCUUGCAUCCAUACGACAUGCAUUAUUAACAGCGGUAUUACCAAAAGUAAAAAUUCAUGAGCUGUUUCAACUAAAUAUUGACAAAAUUGUAGCUGAGUUUCAAGAAAAAGUUCGUACUGGUCUCCCUCCGGUAGCUACAAAUGAAAAACUUGAUGAAGAAUUAACAAUCAUACCUGAUUUAGAAUUUGGCCGAUUAACAGCUACAAUUGAUAUGAACAAAGCAUUGAAAUUAUACAAUAUAUAUAGAAGCAAUUGUUUUGAUGAAGAUACUAGGCUUGGUCGUUGUAGUUUAGAAUUGAAAUUAAAGUUGGAAACUUUGAACAAUACAGUGUUUAAUGAAGUUCAAGGACAUUUAAUAGCUGCAGUAGAUAAUAGUAUUGCUGGUAUAAGAUAUUUCAGAGUUCAACCGGAUGGACCUAAAUUGACCAAAGUUUCUAUUACUAAUCCUCUAGUACCAAGGUAUUUUACAGACUAUGAAGGUCAAACUGCUGAAGAGGUAUUGCAUUCUUCAAAUGGACAAUUUGUUAUGGCACAUAAUGGAUGGGUUAUGGGUGGUGAUCCACUUAAAAAUUUUGCUGGACCAGACUCUAAUAUUUAUUUACGUAGAGAAUUAAUUGCCUGGGGAGACAGUGUUAAAUUAAGGUAUGGAGAUGAACCUAAAGAUUGCCCAUUUUUAUGGAAUCAUAUGCAGUGUUAUGUGGAACAAACUGUUAAAAUAUUUGAUGGUGUCAGAUUAGAUAACUGCCACUCAACGCCAUUGCAUGUAGCUGAAUAUUUGCUUGAUGCUGCUCGAAAAGUUAAACCAGAUUUAUAUGUUGUGGCGGAGUUGUUUACGAAUUCAGAUGCUACUGACAAUUUAUUUGUUAAUAGACUUGGAAUUACAUCACUUAUUCGUGAAGCAAUGUCUGCAUGGGAUUCACAUGAGCUUGGACGCUUGGUUCACCGUUAUGGUGGUGAACCGGUCGGUGGAUUUUUUAAGCCACUAGAACAACUUGUAUGUCCUACUAUUGCACAUGCUCUUUUCAUGGAUCAAACUCAUGACAAUCCAUCUCCUAUAGAGAAACAUUCAGUUUAUAAUUUGUUGCCUAGUGCGGCUUUAGUAUCCAUGGCAUGCUGCGCUAGUGGAAGCAAUAUGGGUUAUGAUCAACUAGUUCCACAUCAUAUUCAUGUUGUUGAAGAGGAAAGACAAUAUAUGCAAUGGUCAUCCAAAGAAAUUAAUAUUACUACAGGGAUAGUAGCUGGAAAAAAAGCAUUAAAUGCACUUCACUAUAAUCUGGGAAAAGGUGGUUUUGAUCAAGUCUAUGUGGAUCAAAUUGAUACUGAUAUUGUUUGUGUGACACGUCAUAAUAGCAAAACGCACGAGAGUGUUGUACUAAUGUCAUAUACUUCCUUUUCAACUCCAUCUAACCAAAAUGGUUUGGGAAAAGGGAUAACUGUAACUGGAAGAGUUGAUAAUGUACUAAUUGAAACUUCAUUGCAACACAUGGUAUUGGAAAAUACAAAUAAAUUUGAAAAAGAUGCAAAUAAGAUCAAUGGCUUAGAAGAUUAUAUACUGAGCUUAAGACAAAAUGUUACUCCUCAAGAAUGUUUAAUGUUGGAUAUAAUACCUUCAGCUGAUAAAUUUUCUGUUAGAUUGAAUUUUACUGCAAAAUUUCAACCUGGUUGUGUAGUAGCAGUUGCAAUUUUUCCAGUAGAGAAAACAAAAAUAGCUGUUGAACAGUUAUUGUCUGAUAUUGAUUUGGAGCAAGCAGUUAGUCGUUUAACCCUAUCCGACAUGAAUUAUGUUUUGUUCAGAUGUCCUGAAGAAGAUGAAGGAAAUGUUUAUGAUGUACCAGGAUUUGGUAAAUUGGUGUAUUGCGGAAUUCAAGGGUUCAUGUCAAUUUUAGAUACAGUGUCUCCAAAUAAUGAUUUAGGCCAUCCACUAUGUGAAAAUCUCCGAAAAGGUUUUUGGAUUCUAGAUUACAUAAGUGGACGUUUAAAACGUAAAGAAUUUGAAAACUGCGCAUUGUAUCAAUUUGGAGACUUUUUAGAAAGAUAUUUACAGCCCAUCAGGAACUUGCCAUCAUAUUUGGUACCCUGUUAUUUUGAAUUUUCCUUGAGAAAAGUAUACAAUGCUUUGUUGAACCGCACAUGGUCAAUGAUGCCUAGUGAUAUAAGAAAUGGUUCUACAUUUUGUAAAAAUUUAGCUCUUGCUUCAAUUCAAUUUGCUGGAGUAGUUAAAUCUAGUCCUCUUCCUACUCUUUCGCCAAACCUUUUAGCACCUUUACUCAGAAUGCAAAUUGGACCUGAUGGAUUAUAUCGUCCUGAGUGUAUAACACUUGCAGCUGGGCUGCCACAUUUUUCUAGUGGUUACAUGAGAAACUGGGGCCGAGAUACUUUCAUUUCGUUGAGAGGAUUAUUGUUAAUUACUGGACGUUAUGAAGAAGCCAAGUACAUAAUUUUAGGAUUUGGUGGUUGUUUGAGACAUGGUCUUAUUCCUAAUCUAUUAGAUGGAGGCAAUAACCCACGUUAUAAUUGUCGUGAUGCUGUUUGGUGGUGGUUAUAUGUAAUUCAGAAGUAUGUUACAUUGGUACCUGGAGGUAUAAGUAUUUUAGAUGAUCCAGUAAAUAGAAUUUUUCCAAAUGAUGAUUCGGAACCCACAUCAGUUGAACAACCAUUACAUGAAGUAAUUCAAGAGGUUAUGGUAAAACAUUUCCAAGGGUUAUGUUUUCGUGAACGUAAUGCUGGAACUUCUAUUGAUGCCCACAUGAAAAGUGCUGGCUUUGAUAAUCAAAUUGGAGUACAACCUCUUACAGGCUUUGUGUUUGGUGGUAAUGAGUGGAAUUGUGGUACUUGGAUGGAUAAAAUGGGUUCCUCAGAUACAGCUGGUAACCGAGGACGACCUGCUACCCCCCGUGAUGGAUCAGCUAUAGAGUUGGUUGCAUUGUCAAAGACAACUGUCGCAUGGUUAGCUAAAUUGAAAAAAAAUGGGCAGUUUAAGUAUUCAGGAGUUACCCGUACAAAUAAGGAUGGAUCAGAAACUACGUGGACAUACAAAGAAUGGAAUGACAAAAUUCAAAACAACUUUGAAAUACACUUUUGGAUACCCGAGGAAAAAAAUGGUCAAUUGCAAGUUGAACCUCAUCCAGAACUUAUUAAUCGUAGAUGUAUUUAUAAGGAUACAGUUGGUGCAACAAACAAAUGGGGAGACUAUCAACUGCGAUGCAAUUAUGCUGUAGCAAUGGCAGUGGCACCAGAGUUGUUUAACCCAGAUCAUGCAAGAAUAGCUUUACAAACAGUAACAAAUGUACUUUUAGGGCCACUGGGUAUGAAAACUUUAGAUCCAUCUGAUUGGGCAUAUGAUGGCUUUUACAAUAACGAUAACGAUACUACUGAUUUAAAAGUAGCCAAUGGUUUCAAUUAUCACCAGGGACCUGAAUGGUUGUGGCCUGUUGGUUUCUUUUUAAAAGCAAAGCUAAAAUUUUCUACUAGUCAACGAGAAACUUCAUCUGAAAUUCAAGGUAUAUUAUCUAAACAUUUUGAACACAUAAAAACAUCAGUUUGGAAAGGUUUACCUGAAUUAACCAAUAAAGAUGGAGCUUUUUGUGCUGGAUCAUGUCCAACUCAAGCCUGGAGUGUUGCUACAAUUCUUGAGACUUUAAUGGCUAUUACAAACUUGAACCAAAUUUAA